AUGGCACAGCAAAAGUCUGGUGCAUCAAAAAAUUUAUCUUAUAUAAGCAUCUUCACGUGCCAAAUUCUUAAAACUUUGCGCAGUAUCGUACUGGCGAUAACGCAGAAAAAAUUAAGCAAUAAAUAUCUUGUGUAUGAGGCGGAAUGGAAUUAUGUGAAAAUGAAUCGUGAUGACGAUUAUUCUUACGAAGACAUUUUUAAAAUCAAAAUUAAAGAAAAUGAGACAGUCAGAAAUCUCGUGGAAACAAUCAAGAAAAGAAACAUUGGUUUUGGCGAAGACGGACUCAAUAUUAUAAAGAUAGAUCUUCCCCUUGGCACGCUAAGUGACAAACUAGCCCUCAUAGAAUCUAAUUCUUUCGUCAACAUUAAGACGUUUCUAGGAGGUGAAGAGUUGCCUUCAACAAAGCUUAUCUCUGAGUGUUUUGAUACUGGGGAACACUAUAUUGUCAUCGAUCCACCUUCUGGUCGUUUUACCUUCAAGAAAUGUGUUAGUGAAAACAAGAUCGUUGUUGGUGAUAAAAUUAUCUACAAUGAUAAUAAUACUUGCUUAGAGGGUACAAUUGUUAAUAUAUCUAAUACAUUUCAAAUCAAAUGCACAAAGGUUUUAAAAGAAUAUUUUUUGGACUCAUUUUCUAAGUUCAUUAAACUUGCAAUUUCGCCAUAUAACAACAUAGAAAGCGAUCAUUGGAAAAACUUAUCGAUCGAAUUAUCAGAGUCGAAAGAAAAGUUUAUCUGGCAAGACUUUCGUCAUCGCAUGCUUAACAGAAAUUUAAAAGAUACAGAUCUAAUUGAUCUAACGUUAGAGAGAGAAAAAAAACAUAAUGAAGCGAUCUCACUUGAAAAAAUGGCAAAAACAGAAAAACAUGAUGCCAAUGACAUUAUCUAUAAUAGAAUUCGUCUUUGCCCGCCUAGUAUUAAAAGUAGUGUAAAUCCUACUGUUUCCUCGAAAUUUUUCACAGUAGAUGCGACCAUUUCUUACGGACCCUCAGCUGAUAAGCACGUUGAAGUUGAACAGUUACAUAAAUUACUCGUUGAUAAGAAAGAUUGUAUUGACCGUGUACUGAAAUCGCAACCAGUAUAUUAUAUCGGUCCCAGCUUUCAUGGAGAUUAUAACUUUCCGUGCAUUACCUGUUGGGUAACAGCGCCCUUAAGCGAAUCAACUCUAGAGCAACUUGGGGGAAUAUAUGAUGGUGAAUUUAAAGUUGUAUACGAAAUGAUAGAAACAGCCGAUUGCAAAAGUAACAGUGGCGGUGGUAGUACUUCAGGAGGACCCGGUAGAGCUGGUGGAAAUAAGUCAAAUGAUAAGAAAAGACAAAGAUUUGGAAAGGGAGAAAAUGAUGAAGAUGAAGAUGAUGAUAAAGAUUAUGGUGAUGGUGAUAGUGAUGAUGAUGGCGGUGGUGGUGGUGGUGGUGGCGAUGAUGGUGGCCGUAGCAGUGAUAUUAAAAGGAGAAAAGUCAUUAAAGUUUCUUCUGGAGCAUCUGUUGAAAGUGAAGGUCACGUUCAAAUAUUUGGUAUCCGUGUUCAUUUCCAUGCAAAUAUUUAUAAUGAUGAUGAAUCUAAUCGAAUGCUUUUAAUCAGUGCUGAUAUAUCUGAAUGUAGAGCAGGUCAAUUGCUUAAUCAAAAUUGGAAGCAACUUUCCAAUUUAGGUAGUGGUUAUUAUCUUGAAUCUGUUACAAUUAGCUUUUUUCCGAUUACAGAUGCAACUAAUAACAGAAGUCCACUAUAUGAGCUAGAAUAUUACUCUCCAAAAAUGAAAAAUCGUACUGUUGAAAGUUUAGUAGGUACUGAGAAGCAAAGUAGUCUAGAUCUUGGGGCAUCAUCAAAGGUCGGAUUCCUAAUGAAAAAAUCUGAAAGUACCAAGAUUAUAUCAGACGAAUGGCGCUUGAAAACUGGGGGUUCUUGUAUUACCGGGGAUUAUUGGACGUAUGAAUAUGGAAAAAGGUCUCCUGAUCAGGUUCAAUUUGAACCUGGGAAUCACACUAGUAAAUGGCUUAUUGGUGAAAAAAUGUGUGGGUUCAGUGUCAAAAUAACUCAAGUAUUACGCUUUAACUUUACUGCCGUUGGCGUAGUCAAUAAAUUGAUAGACAUUAAGCCUAAGCUGGUUAUGUGUCCCAAGGUUUCUCAUACCCUUGAAAUUAAUUUCAACGGCCUUGAAGAUUUUAAUGAAAAAUUUAUGUCACUUGAACGUUUUCGUAGUGAUGAGAAUCUUAUAUUCACUGUAAAUAAUAAUACAUGUACUGAUGUGACUGCCAAGACAAAUUCUGGUUUUGUAAAAUAG